GCCCAACGUAUGAAAGCGCAGAUAGAUGUUGUUUCAUCAAAUUAUUAUAAAUCAAAAAACAUUUUGCCCUUUGAUGUCGGGCAGAAAUACCGGAAAUUCGUUCUUCGAAGGCAAUGCGCUUAGGAACGAUGUAGACUACCAGAAAAUACACGAUAUGGUAAAGCCGUACAAAGGAACAACAACACUUGCGUUUAUAUUCAAGGAAGGGAUUGCCAUAGCAGUAGACUCGCGUGCCACAUCGGGCAGUUACAUCGCAUCGCAAUCCGUUCACAAGGUGAUCCGGGUGAACAAAUAUCUGGUGAGCACGAUGGCUGGCGGUGCUGCAGAUUGCCUCUACUGGGAGAAGAGAAUGGGUGCAUUUGCGAAGCUCUAUGAGGUUACGAACGGCAGGAGAUUGCCUGUGCCAGCCGCUGUGAAUUAUUUGCGUAAUUGUGUAGUGGGUAAAAGUGGCCUUUCCAUUGGUACGAUGGUGUGUGGAUGGGACGAUAAUGGGCCAGAGAUUUACUACCUCGAUAACGAGGGCACAAUGGUAAAAGGAACGGUUUUCAGUGUUGGCAGUGGAUCCACAAUAGCUUAUGGCGUGUUAAAUACCAGUUAUAGGUAUGAUAUGAGUCGUGAUGAGGCUCUUAAGUUGGCGCGGGAUUCCAUUUUCUAUGCCACGUACCGUGAUGCGUAUUCUGGUGGUUCGUGCAAUUUGUAUUUUAUGGACAAUGAUGGGUGGCAGCAUGUUGGCCAGUACGAUGUUAAGGAUUUAUACGAGGAGUUGAUUGAAAAUAAAUGAUAUUGCAUCUGGU